CAUUUCAAGGAAGUGUGCUAAACUUUUAGAUCCUUCUCACCCAAAAAAAAGAAAGAAGGAAAAAUAGAGAAAAAGAAAAGGAUUUACAUUAGAGAAAGGGAUAAUCAUGGAUCAACUAAAAUUUGUGGUGGAAGCCUCUGAGGCUGAGUCCAUUACCCACAAACUUGGCCUACCUUCUGUCCACCACCUCCUCCCUGUCUUGGUUCAACCCGCACAGACCCUUGCCCGCCCACCCAUCUCCAACUACCACGUCGCCGCUGUUGGCCUCGGCUCCGAUGGCCGUGUAUUCCUCGGUGUUAACCUUGAAUUUCCUGGCCUACCCCUUCAUCACUCUGUUCACGCCGAGCAGUUUCUCAUCACUAACCUUGCUGUCCACCGCUGCCCCCGCCUCGUUGCAUUCGCUGUCUCCGCCGCCCCCUGUGGCCACUGCCGACAGUUUCUUCAAGAACUCCGAAACCCUUCCGAUCUCCAAAUCCACAUCACAUCUCAACACCAAAACAAUCCCGAUGUCACAUUCGAACCUUUGCGUGAAAUUCUCCCAAACCCAUUUGGUCCAUUCGAUCUCCUUGAUGACGAAACUCCUUUACUCCUCGAGCGACAUAACAACGGUUUAAUCCUGUCGUAUGAGAUUAAUCACGAUGGAGAUCUAUGCAAUGGGUUUUCAGAUGACGAUUUGAAAUCGGGAAAUCUGAGUAAUGGGUUUUAUAAAUUGACAGAAACAGAGAGUACCCUUUUAAGGAUUGCAGCUUUGGAAGGUGCUAACGAUUCACACGCACCUUACAGUGGGUGUCCAUCAGGGGUAGCAAUUAUGGAUUAUGAAGGGAAGAUUUAUAGAGGUUCUUAUGUGGAAUCUGCUGCUUAUAAUCCAAGUUUAGGGCCGGUGCAGGCGGCAUUGGUGGCUUUUGUGGCUGAAGGAGGUGGUGGGUAUGAACGAAUUGUGGCGGCGGCUUUGGUGGAGAAGGAAGGCGCAAAGGUAAGGCAAGAGGACACUGCUAGGAUCUUUCUGAAAUUGGUUUCUCCUAAAUGUGACUUGAAGGUUUUCCACUGCUGUGUUGCUGAAAAUGGAUGUAAAAAGGAUUGAAGAUUGAUCUGAAUUUAACCAAUAUUUGUUCAUUCUGCAAUUGCAAGUUGUCUUGUAAAAAUAUCCACUUUGAUUAUAAUCAAUGAAAUGAAUAAAACAUAU